AUGACCUCUUUUGAUGACCUUAGGCUAAUAAAUACACUUCCCACAGGCUCGAAGAUUUUGCAGAGUCUGAUCAAACACAAGAUAAUGUGUCAUUUGACAGAGAACAACCUCCUUAAUGCGGCUCAGCAUGGGUUUUUUGAGAAAAAAUAUCCUGUGAAACCUGCCCAAUCUCUUUCUUUGAUUAUGUGCCACAAUCUAGAGACAGUGUAUGGUAGACUCCUUAUGUACGCUGACGAUUUAAAAGUCACCUAUCAAUAUAAACCGGCAGAUUGGAACAUCGUGACCGAGCUUAUAAAAAAGGAUCUUCAGGCCUUUGCCCAGUGGUGCUGCACAUGGCGCCUCUCCCUUUGUUGGCACAAAUAUUCCCUUAUGGUUGUCAGCAACGAUCAUCAGCCUGAACUAAGCAUAGAUGGUCACGAAAUAAAUGUGCCCGAAGUUAUUAAGGAUCUGGGCAUAUCCUAUUCUAAUAGUCUCAAUCUGUCAGAGUACUGCGCCCUGACUCUCGAAAACACGCCGAACUACCGGGUUUAUUCUCAGAAAUUUUAA